CCCUAUAUCUCCUCGCCCUUCCCCUGCUAAGCCAGUCAAUAAGUUCGAACAGACGCCCGAAUAGCAGCAGCGGCAGCAGAAGAAGAAGGAGAAGAAGUCGCAUAGUAUAGAUCUGCACAAGCCAUGGACACGGGGAGCCGCGGGCAAGAGCUGGGCAUCAAAGAUGAGGUGAUCAAGAAAGCUUGCUCUGCCUCCAUCAGGGCCCACCAGGCUCCGGAGAAGCCCUUCCUUGUCGAGAAGAUCGGCCGCGGCAGCCCCUCGCAGGUCGUCUUCGCCUUCUCCGGGUCUUGGUCUUUCGAUCAGUGGUCCGCCGGAGACGGCAAGGCCAGAGCUUUCGGCGAGACCGAGGUCAAUCUCGCCAUGUUCCCUUCCCUCAGGAGCAUCGGCAACGACAUAACUGCUACGGUCAACGAAUCCUUCAUGAGGCAAUUCCUGCAGAUUGUAGAGAAGUCAGCGCUCCACGCUGAGGUGGAGAAGGCAAUGAGGAAAAGCAAGCCAAUAAUAUUCGCCGGCCACUCUUCCGGCGGUCCGAUCGCUAUAUACGCGACCGUUUGGUUACUCGAGGAGUACAAAAGAUCGAGGAAGACUCCGACUCACGGCCCUUUCUGCUUAACGUUCGGAUCCCCUCUUACCACCGACCGCAUCUUUUGCCACGCUGUUCGGCGAGAGGAGUGGUCCGAUCGCUUUGUCCACUUUGUCAUGUUACACGACAUUGUUCCCAGGAUUUUGCUCGCCCCGCUCUCCUCCACAAGAGAGUUCCUAGAACAAAUCCUCCCGUGCCUCAUCUCGGCUUCCACACAUCGCGGAGCCGAUUCGAUUGACAAGGUGAAAUUGACCGCCUUGUUCGGCACUGUGAUGAGGAAUGCAUCAUGUGUUGCAAGCCAUGCGGCGUGCAUUCUAAUGGGCAGCACAAAUAUGCUGUUAGACACCAUGACUAAAUUCGUCGAGCUAAGUCCUUACCGACCGUGCGGGAAGUAUGUCUUCUGCACCGGGGCUGGCAGGUCGGUGGUCGUGAGGAACCCGGAUGCUGUCUUUCAAUUGUUGUUUUACUCUUUACAGCUGAUGCCUGCAUCAGAUGUUCAACAGACAGCAGUAGCAAGCUUACUAGCACAUCUUGCUUAUGAAGAUGGACUAGACAAGAGCUUGGACAUGCGUAAUGCAGUCCAUUUGGAGAACCUCCGAGAAUUACCUCUCAGCUCAGAUGGUACUGCAGAUAUCGUGACCAAGACAAUCGACGCCGCCCUAAAUGGCCUCAAUCUAAGUGCGAGAGCAAGGCUGUGCCUUCGUGCUGCCGGAGAGUCGGAGAGGCAGAAAGAGGAUAACCAGACGAAGGUGGAACACAAGAUGGUCACCAUAGAGAAAUACCUCUCCGAUGUAGAAGGGUACCGGACCUCGUGCGAGACCCGUGGCAUGGGAUAUUUUGAUGCUUUCAAGGUGCAAAAGUAUGAGGACGACUUCAAGGCCAACGUGAAGAGACUGGAACUAGCGGGCAUAUGGGACGAGAUCAUCGAGAUGCUAAAACGAGAUGAGCUCCCGGAUAAAUUUGAGGCAGGGGAAACGUGGGUGCAGCUCGCCACGAGGUUUCGGCAGCUCGUGGAGCCACUAGACAUAGCCAACUACUAUCGACACUUAAAGAAUGAAGACACGGGUCCUUACAUGACGAAAGGAAGGCCGAAACGCUACAAGUAUACACAAAGAUGGCGAGAGCACGCCGAGCAGUUGCAGAAAGGUUCAUGCGGCCAAUCCUGCUUCUGGGCCGAGGUGGAAGAGCUCAACCUCGCGUUUGCCAAUAAGCAACCACUGAACGAGCGGAUGGCUUUGGAGUUGGCGAAGAAACUGAGGGAAUGGCACGACAAAGGGGAGGUGAAGAAGGAUGCAUUCUUGAAGGAGACCGCAGUUGCAAGAUGGUGGCAAACUCUCCCCGACAACCACGAAGCAAAGUCCUGUAUCGGAGAUCUAAUAGCGAGUUAAAAGCGGAUUUGCCUGAACAGCCGGAACCCAGCAACUGGCUGGCAUCAAGAGGAUUAUUACCCUUUGCAAUUGAUUUUCUCUGUAAACUAUGUGUUCUCGUAUAAUAAAGUUGCUCCAGAGGAGAGCUAGCUAAAAGAGGAUUUCCCUG